AUGACGCACUCCACUGAUCUUCAGUGGCUGUUGGUUCGCCAGAACAGUAAAUUUCUGCAGAAGCGGAAUGGCAUUCGAUUGAGCAGUGAUCCGUUCAAUAACAACGCGAAUUGGACAAAGCGACAGUCUGGUUUCCUGAACACGAAGGCCGCAGUGAUAAAGACGAAGGGUGAUCGCAUCCUCCUGACAACAAAGAGCGGUGAUACAAACAACAAGCCCAAGUUGAUGUAUAAGAAGACUGUGAUGGAACCUGGCGUGAAGUCAUCAGUGGUGAAGAGAGCUGUUGCCGACAUCCGCCCCGACCUUGCUAAGAUGGCAUACCGUCGCGCGCGCAAGAUGGCAUGUACCAUCACUCGCAUGAAGAAGGUGUGUGCUGCUCGCAAGGAGCGCUCAUCGAAGAUGCACUUCCACCGAAAGACAGUCCGCCCAAAGCGUAACUGA